GCUGCUGAACUUUCAAAAUAUAAAAAAACGAAGAAGACCAAGGGAAAAAAUGGCUACUCGGCCUGGAUUAGGUAAUGCAGCAGAGCUAUCAUCGUCUUUGUGGAGUCCACUAGGGUUUCUUCAGAAGAACACUCCAUCUCCAUUCAUCUCCGGACAACGCAUUUCGCCUGGCCCGCGGGGAAGGAGCUUCUCUGUACGACACUGUUUGUGCGCUCGCAGUUCCUAUCAUCCCCCCUCCGCCUCCGCCUCCGCCAAGAUUAAGGUCCUCGGUGUGGGCGGCGGCGGCAACAAUGCCGUUAAUCGCAUGAUCAAUAGCGGCUUGCAGGGUGUUGAUUUUUAUGCCAUUAACACCGAUGCUCAAGCGCUACUGCUUUCUGCUGCAGAGAACCCAAUUCAAAUUGGAGAGCUUCUGACUCGUGGUUUGGGCACAGGUAGUAAUCCUCUUUUGGGGGAACAAGCAGCAGAGGAAUCAAAGGAAACCAUUGCAAAUGCACUGAAGAGUUCAGACAUGGUGUUUGUAACAGCAGGAAUGGGUGGGGGUACAGGCUCCGGUGCUGCUCCAGUUGUUGCACAAAUAUCAAAAGAAGCUGGUUAUCUUACUGUUGGGGUGGUUACCUAUCCUUUCAGCUUUGAAGGUCGCAACAGAGCAUUACAGGCUAUGGAAGCUAUCGAGAGGCUUAAAAGAAACGUUGAUACUCUUAUAGUGAUCCCUAAUGAUCGUUUGUUGGACAUUGCUGAUGAGCAGACUUCCCUUCAGGAUGCUUUUUGUCUUGCCGACGAUGUACUACGCCAAGGUGUCCAAGGAAUUUCUGAUUUAAUCACAAUACCCGGGCUUGUAAAUGUUGAUUUUGCAGAUGUGAAGGCAGUAAUGAAAGAUUCGGGAACAGCAAUGCUUGGAGUGGGAGUCUCGUCUAGCAAGAACCGUGCAGAAGAGGCUGCAGAACAGGCAACUCAUUCUCCUUUGAUUGGGUCCUCUAUCCAAUCUGCUACUGGAGUAGUAUAUAACAUCACCGGAGGAAAAGAUAUUACGUUGCAAGAAGUGAAUAGGGUCUCUCAGGUUGUGACCAGUCUUGCUGAUCCUUCUGCUAACAUUAUUUUUGGAGCUGUUGUGGAUGAGCGCUACACAGGGAAAAUCCAUGUGACUAUAAUAGCCACGGGGUUCCCACAGUCAUUCCAGAAGGCUCUUCUGUCCGAUCCCCGGGGGGCUGCAAAGGGCAGAGAGAGUGUAGCUUCGUCAACCACAGCCCCUUCUACUGUCAGGUGGCCUCAUCGCGGAAAUCGCCUCUUUUGACCUCUUUUUUUCUUUUUGAAGGUUUUUCUUCCCCUUUAUACAUUUUCUGCCUGAGGCAUAUUCAUAUGUCAUUCAUGCAAUUGUAAGAUAUA